GGCAUCAGCAGUUGCCAUUGGCCAGGCAUUACUAGAAGCAGGAUAUGUAGUGUGCAUUUCACAACUGGAACAGGUCUGUGUAGAUGACUACGUGCUGUACCGUCCAAUGAGACCCAGUACAGGUGGGAGCGAACAGACAACCCAGGAGGGUCUGAAUCGUGCACAGGAUGGAGGCCAGGAAGAUUUGUGGGUAAAACAAAUUAAUUUGAUGGCAGAGAGUAUUGAAGGAGAAGUAGAUUCGAAUGGCAGUAGCAAAGUCCACAAGGAAGCGCCAGCACACACUGUUGACACACCUACCUCCAUCACCUCUUCUAUCUCCAACAAUUGCCUGGACCUCAAUGUAAAAGAUAGUGUUGUGUCCAUGAGGAAGCCCCCACAUAUCUCAAGGCAUGGCAGUCCUGAGAGUGACCAGGUGGAUGCACAAAGUCCUGGAAUGACAUCUACGUCUGGGCCUGUUCUAUACUCAACAACAGUAUCUGCCGUUCUCAGUGCCAAUGCCCAGCUUCCUUUCACAGGAGAUACCAUGAACUUAACAGCUGUUAUGUCUGAUGAGGUGUUACAGGCACUAAGAGGACAUGAUAGUAGUCAGCCCUAUGCUAGGUCAUCUGGCUAAAUGCAGGAGGAGAAACUCACACAGAAUGUUGAAGAAUGAUUAAUGCAACAGAGAUUAAAGUAAGAGUGCAAUGUGGAAUGCUCAUGAGACAGCCUUGCUCUGUCAGCUUCUUGACUCGGGUGGCUUGUCCCCCUUGUGGGCAGAGGUGAUUCUCCUGAUUUUUCAUACUGUCACCGACAUCAUAAGGCCUGAUGUCAAGAAUGAUAGUGAUGACAUGGAUAUCAGGCAGUAAGUAUUUGCUUUUUAGUUGUUGUUGUUGAAGAUCUCCCUUGGCAACUCUUGGGUACCUGUGCGCAUGCACGUGACAACGGGCAGGUGGGCACGAGUCACAGGCAUUCUCUCUCACGACUCAUGGAACAAAAGGUAGCAACCUGAGCUGCGAUCGAAGAUUUAAGAAAAUCACUGCUGAUCGGCGACCUGCAGGCCGUCAUUGAUAUUUCACUAUCUCCAUAAGCCUCAGCCUCAUGCAGUUUGAAAAGAAAAGUACGUGAGUAAAUGAACA